GAAAGUCCAACGAUCUUCUGUCCUUGAUACAUACCAACCGAUCUCUACGUACGUUCCGAUCGCCGCGUCGUCAGACCGUUGGCUAUCUAUCAGUGACGUUUCAUAGCCUCUCGUAUACAAUUCGAAGGAGGACAAACAGUGUAUAUGUGUGUGUCUCUCUGUUGGAAAGUUUUACUUUCGCAGAGUUUCGUUCUUCGGGUUCCGUUCGUGUAUACCCAGCGUUCAUGUUUAACGUUUAAGGUUGUCCGAUAUUAAUCACCCAGGGAAGAACGUGAAAGUAAUACAUACAUACGUGAAAGGGUAACUGCGAUUCGACAGUUUCGGAUGAUUUGUGAUAUUACCGACCGGGCAAGGAAGAAGUGAAAGGGAAGGAGACACGGGAAUAUAUUUGGUGAUAUGCUUGUUGCUCGAUCGAAGGUGUAUUGUGUGUGAUUUUAUAAUAUUAGAUCGUGGAGAAAUAUUUGUUUGUGUGCAUCGGUGUGCGCGUGAGUUCUGACUGAAGUGACACAGAGGAACAAAGACGGUUCUCUGGUAGUAAAUAACGAUGGCGGCGGGAUACAGUGGGUCAACGAGUCGCUCGAGGGACGCGUGAAGGAUUCUUCGAUUCAGCCCCCAAGAUGUUGAAACACAUGAAUCGGACCGGGCGACCUCGGGUCGUCGCCAGGAAGAGAAAAGGUCGUUCGUUAUCCAGAAGCUGGCCGGGCACACCGAGACCCUUAUCGGUCGUCUCCAACGAGAUCGACUACCCGGAAGUGCACGGAGGAAGGAUGCAUCGGCCACCGCACCCUCAUCCCAUAACCGACCAUCGACAGGUCAACCUGGUCUUCGAUGACACGUUUUCUCAAGGCCUGACUGGCAGGCCAGAGCUAUACCAAAAGUCCAACAGAAGCAGCCAUUCAAGUGACACGAGUUCAGCAUAUAGUGGUUCAGACACAAUGACAUCUGUCCAAAGUUCGUUGGAUGCAGAUCCAGACGAUGUUGAUCUGUCAGGGCUCGUUGAAUCUGUUGUGGAUAGCGAUGAAGAGGAAGAUCUGGCAGAGAGCAUGGAUAGCUUGACUGUUCGUGAUCCAGUCAGGGAAUGCUUAGAGAAAGAUCCUAUGGAAAGAACUGAAGAUGACAUUGAAACACUGUUAGAAUUUACACAACAGUUGAAGGCCUUUACAAACAUGACCCUGGCAGUAAGAAGAGCGCUGUGCGCUGUAAUGGUGUUUGCCGUGGUAGAACGUGCUGGUAUGAUAGUUUUAAAUGAUGGCGAAGAAUUAGACAGUUGGAGCGUGCUUAUCAAUGGUGCUGUGGAAAUCGAUCACAGUAAUGGAGACAUUGAACAAUUGCACCUUGGUGAUAGUUUUGGAAUCUUGCCCACCAUGGAAAGACUUUUGCAUAGGGGUGUCAUGAGGACAAAAUGCGAUGACUGCCAAUUUGUAUGUGUCACACAAGCGGAUUACUUUAGGAUUCAACAUCAAGGUGAAGAAAAUACAAGGAGGCACGAAGAAAAUGGGAGAGUGAUUCUAGUGACGGAAUUAAGGGGUGCUUUAGACGGAGGAGCACGCAGGGGUCAUGUUGUUAUUCGUGGCACUCCCGAGCGUUUAAUGUUGCAACUUAUCGAAGAAAACAGUAUUACCGAUCCCACUUAUAUAGAAGACUUCUUAUUAACCCAUCGAACAUUUAUUGAUAGUCCUUUAUUAGUUGCAAGUCAAUUGUUAGAGUGGUUUGACCAGGCACAAGUCAGAGACAGAGUUGCACGUGUAGUGUUACUCUGGGUAAAUAAUCAUUUUACAGAUUUCGAAACUGAUCCAGCUAUGAUGGAAUUUUUAGAAGCAUUUGAAACUGGAUUGGAAAGGGAGAAAAUGCAGGGGCAACAAAGAUUAUUAAAUAUUGCCUGCGCAGCGAAGGCAAGGACGCGAAAUGUAACGUUAGCGAGGCCCAGUAGAGACGAAGUUUUGCAUUUUAGUAUUUUAGGCGGUUACGAAAGGGGUUUUGGUAUUUUUAUUUCAAAAGUCGACAAGAAGUCGAAGGCUGAAGACGUUGGUUUAAAACGGGGUGAUCAGAUUUUAGAAGUAAACGGACAAAGCUUUGAGCAUGUCAGUCAUGCCAGAGCUCUGGAAAUUUUAAGAGGAUCUACUCAUCUUAGUAUAACCGUGAAAUCGAAUUUACUUGCGUUUAAAGAAAUGCUUCAGAUGCCAGAUGAUUCGCCGAGGCCGCGGGGAAGAGCAAAUAAACCCGAAAUUUCGAGACUCCAAACAGACCCACGUGCAAGGUUGUCCACGCACGUGGACCCGAUAACCCCUGUAAAUCCACUAAAUCCACUAGUGGGCGGUGUUCCGUUAUUAAUUCCUGACUCUAAUGUGUCCCCAUGCAAAGAUGCUAAAAAGGAACAUAAGGGAUUCAUGACGCUCGGACCGAAAAGGAGGUUUCAUAAAGCUCUUAUGAAAAUGAACCUACUACCAAAGAAUACUAUUAAUGACGGUGUACAUGUAGACGAUCCCCUCGCACCUCCCCACACACCACCAGGAACAGGACUUUCUCAGACCACCACCAACCUUUACCACUCCAAAAGUAAUCCUGACCUUACAUCGUUAUGUUGUUACGACGACUUAAGGGCACCUGAUUAUCCCGAGCACGUUUUGAAAGUUUACAAAGCUGAUCAAACUUGUAAAUACCUUCUUAUUCAUAAAGAAACAACGGCGCAUGAGGUGGUAAUGCUUGCUCUUCAAGAGUUUGGUAUAACUGAGAGCAGCUCGAACUUUUCUUUGGCCGAAGUUAGCGUCGGAGAUGGGGGCAUGAUCAAGCAACGCAGGUUACCCGAUCAGUUGCAAAAUCUCGCGGAAAGAAUUGGCUUAAGUUCUCGAUAUUAUUUAAAAACUAACGGUAUUUCGGAAACGCUCGUGGCAGACGACCAGGCGCCUGAGCUCAUUCGUGAAUCUCAGGUUCAUUUCUUACAAUUGAACGCUGUUGAAGUCGCCAUUCAGUUGACUUUACAGGAUUUCAGUAUAUUCAGGCAAAUUGAAUCUACGGAGUAUGUGGAUGAUUUGUUUGAGUUGAAAAGCAGGUAUGGAGUGCCUAUGCUCAGGCAGUUUGCGGAACUAGUCAACAGAGAAAUGUUCUGGGUUGUGACAGAAGUUUGUUCUGAACAUAACCUUGUUCGACGUAGUAAAAUAAUAAAACAAUUUAUCAAAAUAGCUCGCCAAUGUAAGGAGUGUAAGAAUUUCAAUUCCAUGUUCGCGAUUGUAUCUGGUUUGGGUCACGGAGCAGUCUCACGAUUACGAGCUUCUUGGGAGAAACUGCCAAACAAAUAUCAGAGGCUAUUCAGCGAUUUGCAGGAAUUAAUGGAUCCCAGUCGUAACAUGAGCAAGUACAGACAAUUGGUAGCGUCUGAACAAACACAACCUCCUAUAAUUCCAUUCUAUCCCGUGGUAAAGAAAGACCUGACGUUCAUUCAUCUUGGCAAUGAUUCCAGAGUAGAGAGUUUAGUAAACUUCGAAAAGUUGAGAAUGAUCGCGAAGGAAGUAAGAACGUUAACGAACAUGUGUUCGUCGCCGUAUGACUUAUCGAUUAUGUUGGAAAGAGGUGGUCAACCACCUAGUUCCGCCAUGGUCGCUCUAAAUCAAAUGACCACUGGCAAUCAAGUAUUGCAUUGUCCAGGAGGACAAACUGCAACCGUGAAAAGGCGGAAAAAGUCCACCGCUGCGCCGAACCCAAAGAAGAUGUUCGAGGAAGCGCAGAUGGUUAGGAGAGUGAAGGCUUAUCUCGCGAACAUGAAAGUGUUAACGGACGAGGAGCGAUUGCACGCUUUAUCCGUGGAUUGCGAGCCUCAUGCCGGAGCGGUUGCAGUAGCUGCAGCAGUGCCUCUCAGUGCAAGCAGAGGAAGGAGGCAUCCAUCUCCUACUCUGUCUACUACAAGUAGCGCUAGCAGCACCAGUGAAGGUAGAAAGAGUAUACAAGGUACAAAGUUUGGAGCUGCCUCGCCGCAAGCCGUAAGGAAAAUGCUGGCGCUCUCCGACCCGCAUAAAACUCGUCCAUACCAACCGAAACAUUGUCCACCGCCGCUUCCAGUGCCAGGAUUAGCCUUGCAUUCCACUGGACUAGAGCCUAGCCCUGGCGCGCCCAGGAGAGUAGGAUCUGGUAGCCGAGUACCUAUGCAUGAGAGAUCCCAUAGCGAUACUCCUUCCAGUUUACCACCGCCUGUCGAUCUCAGCGCUGAAAGUAGUAGCGUGACCAGCCUGAGCAAUCUUCAGCCUUUAAGGAAAACGUUGACCAGUGGUUCGGUGACGAGCAGUGACAGUGGUCACAGUACACAGCUGGACAGCCAUAGCGGAAGCAGCGUAGAAGCUGGUGGCAGUCCACCGCCACCUCAAAGACGGCACUCCGCCAUGCAAGGUUCUACGGGAUUAGGAGUAGGCGUGGGUCUCGGAGUAUCGGCUGGACUACCCCCUCCAGGCACGACGAUUAUGACGACGAUGACGACCAUGAGUACCAUGACGUCGAUGACGACGAUGCGCCCGGGAGUCGGUGGCACUCAGUGCCGUCAGCCGCCUGCAUACAAAGUCGCAGCACAGAUGGCAAGGUUGCACAGGCUCGGCCGUGCUCACAGCCACGAGGGUGUUACCUACAGGACCGAGCACGAAGAUGACGAUGAGGACGCCCAGGUGUCAGCGGUUUAAGCAAAAGUACCACGACGCGAGAGGAGUUUCCAGUUAUCUUCGCUUCAUCUUCACCCAGCCUGCCUCUUUCGUGAAAGGAACGAGAAAUCCCUUCGUUGUCGCGCCAAGUGCCAGAUUAAAACAAUUUUCCUCGCGAGAGAAUCGUAACGGUUCAUUCAACCUGGUACCCGAUCGAGUAUCUCGAGAACGAUUUAAACAAGCUGGAACAUCCUUUGGACGGAAGGGUGCAAAAGGGCACAGAGGAUGGAAUGAUCGACACGCACAGCAACUUUCUCGGUGCUUUUGCAUCGGGAGAUGAUCAGGAACUCCGAGAAGCUUUUGAGUACGCUGCGGAUGAAGCACUCGUCUUCCAGAACUGCUAGGCGAACCGUGGAUGCAAACGAGAAUCUCAAGAGCUAUUCCCGUCGGAAUAAUUCGUGAAACAAAAACGAAGGCACGAGUAUGUUCACGAAGGUGUUCCCAAAUGAGGAGAGGGGAAACAAAAAUACAAGCGAAAAGACAACGGCGGCUUUUCGGUCAGACUGAUGGCGAACUUCUCCGACAGAUAUGGCAGGAGUUUGCGGGACUAGAGCACGAAAGAAAAAAAAAACGGUCGUAAAGUAAUAUUCUAUAUAAAUGUGUAAUAAAUCGAGUCCAAAGAUGUUAUAUAUACCGCGUAUCGUCGCAAGGGAGUACGGAAUGACGGCGUGUCCUGUAUUAUAUACUUUUUAGGCUAAUCCCUCAAACGCCCCCUGUAGCUUAAGUAUAACUUGGUGUACAUAGCGUCGUAGCGAUUAAUCGUAGUCUAACCGUCGAGGAAGAAUUGCGCGCGAGAGAGCGAGAGUGAGAGUGAGAGAGAGAGAGAGGAAAUUCAGUGCAAAGCAGAUCGGAUACGUACCCAGGAAUGAUCCAAUAAGGCGUCGUUAACUCGACGCGAUCGUCGAGAUAACGUCGAUUUUUUCAUUUUUCCUUUUUAAAUCAAUAUACAUAACGCCUGCCGGUGUAAGUUUUUAAAAUUUUUUGUCAUCACGCUUCAAGCUUUGUUCUUUGUUAUCCGUUCUUUUUUUUUUUUCGAUCAGAAAGCAGGGACGUUUCAACUGGCGGCAAUGUUUGCUAGAAAUUUUAUUUCGCUUAUAUAUAUGUAUAGUUCGAUCGGCGUGACGGACAUUAAAAUUUCGUAACCCCCGAUAGGAGAGAGAUCCGAUUUUACGGCUUCGAUGUGUGUUGAAUUUUACUGUUGACGCGAUCAAGUACAAAGUAUUUUUCAAAGACUAACCGCUCGGCGUUGCGAGACAGGCGCGGGACCGAAAGUACUGUUUCUGGACUUUUGGAAUUCUUAAUUAAGACGGUCGGUUUACGGCGUGUGUUUGCGGCCGUAAGUGUGCGUGUUCGCGGCGUCUAAAUUGUGCGUGUGCAGAUUGAAGAAGAGAGAAACCCGAUGUGAGAGAGAGAGAGAGAGAGAGAGAGAGAGAGAAACCGCGCGCGUAUGAGCGAGCGCGAAAUCUUAAGAGGGAACGAAACACAACAAGGUAUUAGCGUUUCAGGAUAUAAUACGAGAUGACGAAAAAAAAAAAAAGAAGAAGCAAAUUUAUAUAAUAAUGCAUCACGUAUGCUCAACUUAUUUUUACUGAAUCUAUUAACGGAAAUCGAAUUUUAGAUCUGGUUGUAACUUAAUAUAUAUCUCGACGUUCUCGAUUUGCUCUGUCGCCGAUCGAAAAAAAAAAAAGGGAUGCACACUUCCCGACGGCGAUUUCGUCGAAACUCAUAUUUUCCGAAAUUUUAUCAGUAUCACGGUACGUUUUAGUUUUAUAUAAAUAUAUAUAAAUAUAUAAAUAUAAAUAUACCUGUAAUGUAUAUCCGCGCCGUGGCAAGCGAAACAUAAAGAGAAAAAAGAAAACGAGGGCCGGAGGGCCGAUGAUCCGCCGCGUUUUCGGAACGAAUGUAUCGUACGUGUUAACCGGUAACACGCCGGGGCAAAGAUAUGGCGGACCAUCGUGUGGUGUUGUCCGUCGAGGCGGAGGCGCGCGCGGAGCCGGUUUAUAUUAUCGAAGUAAAUAUCAUUUUUCUUCGGCCCGUUCGACUCUAUCGUAUUGUAAGAACGUUCGAAGCGAUUACGUAUUCUCUUCGUUCGUUUUUUGUGUCGCACCGAGCCUCAAGUCCUUUAACGACGUGUGUAUUAAAGGGAAAUCGUGGAUAUUCGCGCGGUAAACGAGGACGAACGCGGUCAUCGGAGAGAGGACCUAAAUGUUCGUAAGGUAUCUCCUCUCGUGAAAACGAUCUGCCAAAAGACCCGCGGAAACCAAGAAGCAGCAGGAGUCUUUGAGGAUCGACACGGUGUGUGCUUCUCUCUCACCUCCCCGUGAUACUCGAGCGUUCGCCGUUGACAUUCCAACUGUGUCUUGCCGUGAAAAUCGUGGCCAACAUGCUUCCCCCUCGCUCCCCGGACCGACUGCUCACGGAUUAUUAAUUAUUAACCGCGUACUUCUCCCGUGCCGAAAGACACUCAGAGAAACGUCCUCGAACACCGUGCUGAUCCUCGCCCCCCGCGUCGUGUCCGACGUGUACCGGGGGAUCGAGGCGACUCGUGUCCAGAAAAAAAGCAAUUCCAUCCCCUGGCACACCUAGGACCGUCGCCAUCCCUCCGAGCAACAUUUACUGCAUAUUCAUAUUAAUAUCUCUUUGUACAUAUCCUAAUGACUUUUAAAAUAUUCUUAAUCCAACGUUCUCGAAGGAACUGUUUAAAUCAUUGUAUCCAGCGUUUUCAUUGAUUCGAGAUAAUUCUUCGUGAUCCGAGCGUAGGAAGCAACACCGAAGGAGAGCUGACCGAGAAACGAUCUCCUAUACUCCUUCUUUCCGUUCUUCUCUGUUUUACCUUUCGAGACGAUCAUCGGCAUACCUGACCAUUUCGUUUCUCCUUUCACCUGUGCCCCCCUCCCAUCGAGAGAUCUUCCUUUUCGUAUCUUUGACGGUUCAAGGACACGAUCCAUUCCAGGGAGCAUUUACUAUGCCUUCGCAAAUUAACGCGAUUCCGUGCCUCUUUAAUAUCGUUUCGUAUCGAUCAGAUCGCGAAACAAACAUCCAGUCGAGAAUCUCUCUCUCGCCCCUCCGGUCACGUUGGAUCGAUCGCGAUCCGUACGUAGACAGCUGUGACACCAGAUCGCGAUCACUUUAUCGAAACUGGUGACCAAGUAAUUUUUCUAAGAAGCGUGUUCAACCGACGAGCAAUAAUCCUUAAGACAACACACGAGACGGGAGGAGGAUCGAAAUGGCCGCGAAUGUGUCGUUAAAGAGGAACGGAAGAGGCGUUCGCAGAUUGAGGAGCGCGACGAUUAUGAUAGUUAGUCUUGAAUUGCUGAAGCCCGAGUCGUUCUUCUUCCCCUUAAUUUUUAUGAAACUGAGAUCCACCUUGUCGUAGAGCCUGUGUAAUUGCGAGCGAGUGAUAGUAUGUUUAUUCGAGAGUAACAGAAAGCGAACGAGCGAGAGAGAGAGAGAGAGAGAGAGAGAAAUAUGUGGACAAGCCUUUGAACUUUCUUCUUCCAACGCGAACCCCCUGAUUUCUUUUAUUUUUAUUUAUGCCCCCUGACCCCCACUCCCUUUACUUUCCUGUUGUUUUAAUUAUUUAUAAAACUUCGAGAUGGAGCGACUGCGAAUCGCAGUCCCUUCGCGAGCAACACGAGAAAAAAAUACAGGAAACUUUUUGUAUUUAAUUUGUUUAAUAAAACUUGGAUCAUAGUACAACAUUCCGACUGGUUUUGGUUUCGAACACACACACAUAUACACUGCAGCAGGCACUCGUCCCGAUGUUCUUUUUCUCUGUCGAAACGCGUCGUUCGCCAUCCUCAAUUCCC